AUGGCGGAUCAAGCAGAUGUAGACCUCGAUUCCAUCAUCGACCGUUUAUUGGAAGUGCGAGGUAGUCGGCCAGGAAAGCAGGUCCAAUUGCUAGAGACAGAAAUUCGAUUCCUAUGUACGAAAGCUAGGGAAAUUUUCAUCUCCCAACCAAUCCUGCUCGAGCUCGAGGCUCCCAUAAAGAUCUGUGGUGAUAUUCACGGCCAGUACUACGAUCUCCUGCGUCUGUUUGAGUAUGGAGGAUUCCCUCCUGAAGCCAACUACCUCUUUUUGGGCGACUACGUCGACCGAGGAAAGCAGUCCCUGGAGACCAUCUGCCUCCUCCUCGCCUACAAGAUCAAGUAUCCAGAGAAUUUCUUUAUCCUUCGAGGCAACCACGAGUGUGCAUCGAUAAACCGUAUCUAUGGCUUCUACGAUGAGUGCAAGCGACGAUACAACAUCAAGCUCUGGAAGACUUUUACUGACUGCUUCAACUGCCUCCCAAUCGCUGCGAUCAUCGAUGAGAAAAUUUUCACCAUGCAUGGUGGUCUCUCCCCAGAUCUGAACUCCAUGGAACAAAUCAGGAGGGUCAUGCGUCCAACUGAUAUUCCCGAUUGUGGUCUGCUCUGCGACUUGCUCUGGUCCGAUCCAGACAAGGAUAUCACCGGCUGGAGCGAAAACGAUCGUGGCGUAUCCUUCACCUUCGGCCCUGAUGUGGUUUCUCGGUUCUUGCAGAAACAUGAUAUGGAUCUCAUUUGCCGGGCUCAUCAGGUCGUCGAGGACGGAUACGAGUUCUUUUCGAAGAGGCAGUUGGUUACCUUGUUCUCCGCCCCGAACUACUGUGGUGAAUUCGACAAUGCUGGCGCUAUGAUGAGCGUAGACGAGAGCCUGUUGUGCUCUUUCCAGAUAUUGAAACCAGCGGAGAAAAAACAAAAGUACGUAUACGGAGGUCUUGGGCAAGGACGGCCGGUAACACCACCCCGAAAACAGAAGAAAAAAUAA